AAAGCAGCAGCCGGCAGCGCCGGUGGCGUCCUUGCAGCUGCGCCGUGUUCCUUCUCUUCUCGGGCAGCGGCGGCGUGGCCUGCAGUGGAUACACAGCAUGGGGGACACGUUGGACGAGCCUUGGUGGGAAACACGUAAAGGGAGCAACUUUAGUCCAGCUCUUUCAGAUAAUGAAGAAGAAUAUGCUAAUGCAAGUGAAACAAUUCAACAAUGUUCAAGUUCUACUCUUCUUUCUUCAAAGAAAAGGAAAAAGCCUAUAGAAUGCUUCCUCAGUGUUGAGAAACAGAAGUCUAAGGAUAAAAAAGAAAUUGAAAUGAAGCCAAAGAGAAAAAGAAAGAAGAAAAUUUCUGAUCUUCUCACAGAGACUGUACCAAAGCCAGGUGUCCCAGCAGAUUUACAAAAAAUGCUGAAUGAGCACUUUGGAGCUAAACGUUCUGUGAUUGAACUCGAAGAAUUAAAAUUGCCGGAUUCCUGUUUCCUCCCUGCCAAUGAUCUCACCCACAGCUUUUCAUCCUACCUGAAAGAAAUCUGUCCUAAAUGGGCAAAGCUCCGUAAAAACCACACAGAAAAAUCGUCAGUGGUGAUGCUGGUAAUUUGCAGCUCUGCCCUCCGGUGUCUGGAACUCAUCAAGUCAAUGGCAGCAUUCAAAGGAGAUGGGAAGGUUAUGAAAUUAUUUGCAAAACAUUUAAAGAUACAAGAACAGAUGAAAAUGCUGGAAAAAGAUGUUGUCCAUGUGGGUGUUGGGACACCUGGGAGGAUAAAAGCACUAAUACAGCAAGAAGGCCUUAAAUUGACUUCCUUGAAGUAUUUUAUCUUAGACUGGAACCAUAGGGAUCAGAAGUUAAGAAGAUUAAUUGAUAUCCCAGAGAUAAAGAAAGAAACAGUUGAACUUCUGGAAAUGGAAUUAAUCAAGCUAUGCAGAGAUGGCUCCGUGAAGCUGGGACUCUUCUAAUGAUUAUUCUUGUAGCUGAUUCUCUCAUCACUGUUGUCCCCCGUUGUGUUGAGGCUGCUUUUAAAAGUACACCAAGCAGAUGUGUAGAUCCUUUUGUCACCCAUCAU